AUGCCUCACGCAGACUCUAGCCUAGUCCCUGAGGAGAUCACAACAAAGAAGGAGUUCUACGCUCACAUCCACGAGCAACUGCGCGCUCUUCUCGACGGACAUAGGUACUGGGUGUCGAAUUUGGCCCAGGUCUCCGCCCUCCUGUACCACUCGUAUCUUGGCACUCCGCUCUACGGAUUGCUGGAGGGUGGAACUACGCCUGUCGUGAACUGGUGCGGAUUCUACGUACAUCCAGCCGGCGAGGCGAACCUCGUUCUUGGACCCUACGCCGGUCGACCUGCAUGUGUGACGAUCAGUCCCAGGGCUGGGCGAGGCGUGUGCGCUGAUGCGUAUGUCAGCGAAAAGGGCGUGGUGGUUCAAGAUGUCGAGGCAUACCCUGGCCACAUCGCAUGUGAUGGCGAGACAAAGUCGGAGAUUGUGUUGCCGUUGCGACUGAACGGCGUCGAAGGAGUAGUAGGCGUGCUCGAUCUCGACUCAACUGUGCUCUGCACGUUUAACGAUGACGACCUCGCGGGACUGGAGGAGGUUGUGCGCAUUCUCCAGGAGACAAGUGACUGGGCUUAA